UGACAGUUGUCAAAAGCUGCUCGAUCCUUGGCUGGUCCUGCUUGUGCAGCCGCAGAGGUGCGGAUCCGGAAGCCCACAGGGCGGGAAGAUAUUGACAGGUGACCGGAGCUAAGACGAGUCUUAGACGACCCAGGCGUGAGCGAGGCCCAACCAGCGGUUUAGUUCCCGGCUCGCCAGAGCGGGGCCUACAUCCCGAGAGACGCCCGCGCUGUCUCAUGACGGAUCGUUCCAAUCAGACUGUCAGUCGUAACUGCACGGCUCGGCAUAAGAAUCACCUCUCGACUUCUUCUUCCCACAAUCGGGAAGCGAAGGUUGGCCGGCGGUACAGCGUCUUACAUGGACAUACUGCUACCUGGCUGCCGUCGAAGUCAAGGGAAGCAAAGGGUAACGAUACGGGAACCAUCGGUCUCCGCAAACAGCCCGCCAGGGCGAGGUGAGAGCUUGCACACCUCAACCCACGUCAUCCGUUGCGUAGUUAGCAGGGUCCCGUCCCCGGACGCUGGGCUCACAGAGUCGACGUUGGAACUGUAUUACCGGGGCCCGGGGAGGGCACAUGGUGGUGGGGCCGUGGAGUACGGGCUGUCAGUGAGGGGGAGGAUCCGUCGGCAGAUGUCAGGUCCAAUCGCCCGGCGCAAUCACCGCCUGGCGGAUUCUCCCCCAGCAUCUCCACAUGGUCUUCCCGUCGUCUUGGCAGCGGUUGUGGUUCCAUCAGCGCAUGGAAUGCUGUCAGCUACUGCACGCCACCGGAUGGCAUCACGGCAAGACGUGUGGUGCUGUCAACGAGAGAGGGCGAGGCUGUCUUGUGCCGAGUGUUUCGCGAAACGGCGAAAAGGCAAAGCAAUGAUGUUGAGCAAGUUUGGGACACAAGCAGCAGCACUAUAGCCACGACAUGCGCGCCAAUCGCCCGACAAACGUGCACGUAGCCGGUACGGGCUGCCGGGUAGACCAGAAAGCAGAACGGUCGCAUUCGGCAAACCAUAAAUCCACGUUGAGAUGAC